GUCCCCUUCACUCGCCAAAGGCGCAAACUUUACUACUUACCCCCACCUCCAUCUCCACCUCCAUCUCCCCUCCGCCCGCGCCGCCGCCUCCGGAUCGCGCCGCCCCCGCCCCCGCCCCCGCCCCGCCCAGACCUCAUGCUGACUACCCGCCGCAGGUGCUGACGCGACGCCAUGGGCUGCGUGCACGGCCGCCCCUCCACCUCCAGCCCCGCCGCCGCCAACGCCUCACGUCGCCGCGACCACCCGCCUCCGCCUGCGGAGGCGCAGAAGCAGGGGGCGGAUGCUUCUGCGGAGGCGGAUGCUGCUGCGGGCGAGAAGGGCGAGCAGCCGGCCGUCGCCGUCGCCGCGGCGGGGCCGCCGGUGAAGAGGGAGCGGCGCUCGCGGUCGUCGAGGUCGGCGCACGCGCACGCGCACGCCGAGGUGCGCAUCGGGGGGAGCUUCGCGAACAAGGCGCGCGGCGAGCAGGUGGCCGCGGGCUGGCCCGCCUGGCUCUCCGCCGUCGCCGGCGACGCCAUCGACGGCUGGACCCCUCGCCGCGCCGACUCCUUCGAGAAGAUCGACAAGAUCGGGCAAGGCACGUACAGCAACGUGUACAAGGCGCGGGACUCGGUGAGCGGCAAGAUCGUGGCGCUCAAGAAGGUGCGCUUCGACAACCUGGAGCCCGAGAGCGUGCGCUUCAUGGCCAGGGAGAUCCUCAUCCUCCGCCGCCUCGACCACCCCAAUGUCAUCAAGCUCGACGGCCUCGUCACCUCCCGCAUGUCCUGCAGCCUCUACCUCGUCUUCGACUACAUGGUCCACGACCUCGCCGGCCUCGCCGCCAGCCCCGAGAUCAAGUUCACCCUGCCCCAGGUCAAGUGCUAUGUGCACCAGCUGUUGUCGGGAUUGGAGCACUGCCACGACCGGGGGGUGCUGCACCGCGACAUCAAGGGGUCGAACCUGCUUUUGGACAACAAUGGCGUGCUGAAGAUCGGGGACUUUGGUCUCGCGUCGUUCUUCGACCCGAACCAUAAGCAGCCGAUGACGAGUAGGGUGGUGACGCUCUGGUACCGGCCACCAGAGUUGCUGUUGGGCGCGACGGAUUAUGGCGUAGGCGUGGACUUGUGGAGCGCGGGAUGUAUCCUUGCUGAAUUGCUCGCAGGGAAACCUAUCAUGCCUGGGCGGACCGAGGUGGAACAGCUGCAUAAAAUUUUUAAGUUGUGUGGUUCCCCCACAGAAGAAUAUUGGAAAAAAUCGAAGUUGCCUCAUGCAACUAUAUUCAAGCCCCAACAACCUUACAAAAGGCGAAUAGCUGAUACAUUCAAAGAUUUCCCACAAUCAGCACUGCGACUUAUUGAAACACUACUUGCAAUCGACCCAGCUGAUCGUUUAACAGCGACUUCUGCGUUAGAAAGUGAAUUCUUUAAAACGGAACCACAUGCAUGUGAUCCAUCAAGUUUACCCCAAUACCCCCCAAGCAAAGAGAUGGAUGCAAAACGAAGAGACGAAGAAGCCAGACGUUUAAGAGCUGCUGGUGGUAGAGUUAAUGGGGAAGGAGCUAGGAAGACAAGGACAAGGGAAAGACCUAGGGCUGUUCCAGCACCGGAAGCAAAUGCUGAGCUUCAAGCAAAUAUUGAUAAAAGAAGACUAAUAACACAUGCAAAUGCGAAGAGCAAGAGUGAAAAGUUCCCUCCGCCACAUCAGGAUGGCGCACUUGGAUAUCCUUUGGGUUGUUCAAAUCAUAUGGAACCUGCAUUUGAGCCGCCAGAUCCAUCUUCAUUCAGCACUGUGUUCCCCUACGAGAAAGGCUCUGUGCCUACUUGGUCUGGACCAUUGGCCGAUCCUUCUUCAGGCAACCAGAAGCGAAAACACAAGUCUGGCCGCUCUUCAAAACAACCGGCUACCGCCCGUGCUCGAUGAUCUAUUAUAUGAUGUCUAGUGCAUAAGAAGUCUUCAAUACUAAAAAGGAAAAAAAAUACUGGCAGCGGUUCUUGCAAAGUGAGACAAUUUAAUUGCAAAUCAAGGCAAGCAACGAUGAAUUUUUUUUCUCUUAGAUCCAUGAAUUCAUUCCAUGUAAGGAUUCUUUUUUCGAACAGCAGUGUAUAGGCCGGAGAGGGAGCUCAAUUAGUCAAAAUUCUGUACAUUAGGUUCUCUUUUCCAUUCUUACAAGCAGGCAAGCAGCUAUAUGUCAUGUUAGAUUUAUGAUUCAGUAAUGGAACUUUCAGAUCUACUUAGCAUGUCACUGCAAACUCUCUUACUUUCAAAUAUAGCUUAUGUACAACCAAUCCAAUACCAUUUCAUCUGAUGUGGUUAUCUUCAGAGAAGCUGGAAAAGAAAAAUAUACUAAAAAAAA